AUGCACUUCAAGCUAAAGCCAUUGGAUAUUUGUGAAUUUCCUUUUGGAUCCAAGCAAAAAGAAGUUUGUAUCAACCCAUACCACUAUAAAAGAGUGGAGAGUCCAGUCUUACCUCCAGUAUUAGUGCCUCGUCAUAAUGAAUUCAAUCCACAGCACAGCCUUCUGGUUCAGUUUAGGAACCUGAGCCACAAUGAACCGCACAUGCCACAAAACGCCACGUUUCCAGACUCGUUCCACCAGCCCAACAACACUCCUUUUCCCUUAUCGCCAAACAGCCCUUAUCCCCCCUCCCCUGCUAGCAGCACGUAUCCCAACUCACCUGCAAGUUCUGGACCAGGAAGUCCAUUUCAGCUUCCAGCUGAUACACCUCCUCCAGCCUAUAUGCCACCUGAUGAUCAGUUGGGUCCAGAUAAUUCCCAGCCCAUGGAUACAAGCAAUAAUAUGAUUCCUCAGAUAAUGCCCAGUAUAUCCAGCAGGGAUGUUCAGCCUGUUGCCUACGAAGAGCCCAAACAUUGGUGUUCAAUUGUCUACUAUGAGUUAAACAAUCGUGUUGGCGAAGCUUUUCAUGCAUCUUCUACUAGUGUAUUAGUGGAUGGAUUCACAGAUCCUUCAAAUAACAAAAGUCGAUUCUGCUUGGGAUUAUUGUCAAAUGUUAACCGUAAUUCUACAAUUGAAAACACUAGGAGACAUAUUGGAAAAGGUGUUCAUCUGUACUAUGUUGGUGGGGAGGUGUAUGCAGAAUGCCUCAGUGACAGCAGCAUAUUUGUACAGAGUAGGAACUGUAACUUUCAUCAUGGAUUUCAUCCCACUACUGUCUGUAAGAUUCCCAGCAGCUGCAGUCUCAAAAUUUUUAACAACCAGGAAUUUGCCCAGCUUCUGGCUCAGUCUGUCAACCAUGGGUUUGAGGCCGUCUAUGAGCUCACCAAAAUGUGUACCAUCCGAAUGAGUUUUGUCAAGGGCUGGGGAGCAGAAUAUCACCGGCAGGAUGUUACCAGCACCCCGUGUUGGAUUGAGAUUCAUCUUCAUGGGCCUCUUCAGUGGUUGGAUAAAGUCCUUACUCAGAUGGGCUCCCCUCUAAACCCCAUAUCUUCAGUUUCAUAGUGCAGAAAUAUUCUCUUUAAUCGUAUGAUUAGUGGACUUGUUUAAUCUUAGAGAAACUUUCAGAACUGUGAGCUUACAUGGAAAACAUAUUACAGUAUACUUUUUUCCUAUGUAAUUGUGACCAAUACCUUUGUAUUUUGUGAUCUACAUUGGUUUGUAUUCAUAGUCAUGUGAUUGGCUUUCAAAAGUGUUAUGAAAAAAUGCAAAGUAAGUAUCAUAUCCCAACUCAGAAGUUUGACAUUGGUCUUAAACUGGAAUGUUUUUACCUUUUUGACCCAUACAUUUUUUUAAUGUGUUAAAUUUUUUUCAAGGUAAUAAUAUGUCACAUGGCGAAAAAUCAUAAUAGUAUACAAAGCUAUCCAGUGAAAAGUAAGUCUUCCCUCCUACUUUUUAUCCUCCAGAAGCUAUAUUUUUAUCCUCCAGAAGCUAUAUUUUUAGUAGCUUCUCUGUACCACCAACUUUGAAAAAGUCUCAUUUAUUGUUGGACACUAAGCACACUAGGGAGUGUGGUGUUCAGCACAGCAGUGGGUUAACUUUAAACACAGUUCCAUGUUUCUCAGUGGAAAGAGAGUUCACUCAGUAUAGCCUUUGUAAAACAUUUCCCUUUUUUACAAAAAACAAACAAACCCCCCCCCCCCCCCAGAAAAUUGUUGCAAACAACUGAGCUCUCGUAUAUGUCAUUUACUCAGAUUCUGCCCGAAAUACUAUUUUAGAGCUAGUGACAGUGCAUGCACAGCCUUAUUCAGCUACAGUGGCUGCUUCGGGCCCAUGUUGCAGGAACUCUUUAAUUUUGAUAUGUAUUCAUCUUUUCUUUUGCACUUUUAUGGGUUACAGUUUUUAGCAUAACCUUUGGUGAAACACACUCAAGUGACUUGGAUGUCGAUGCUUGUCCUUAACUCCUUGAUAUCCCUUUUGUAUUACGAAACACUGCCAUUUGUAGAGGAUAUUUGUAGGAAAUUAGGCUUUUUCUAGCUUUUGCUUUUUGUUUUUGUGAUUUUAAUUUUCAACCUAGAUUAUAUGACUGUUAUUCUGUAGCUCCAACUUAAGGUGCCUUUGUUUUAUGGAUGCUGUUGAUGUUGAGGAACAUGUGUUUAACCUCACUGCCCUGCCUGCCAUCAGCCUACCGUGGAAGGACACGCACAGCAGCCAGAGGAGGCUCUUCAGUGGGCCUCCAAGGAUCAGGCUUCGGACCUGAUACGUCCGUGAAUCAGCAGUGGUAGUUGGCUUAGCUGAUUUUCAAACAUCCAUCUAUCAAAGACUGCAUACAGUUCUCGCGGUGGUCACGCCUACUUAUCUUUCUCAGUUGUUAGCACCUGUGCGGACGUUAGUCUCUCAGAACACCAUCCUGGAGAGGACAGACAUGAAAACGGCAUUUGAUCACGCAUUCUGAAAGGCUUUGGAUAAAGGACUCUUAACCACUUUUUCUAGGAACAGUUUAAAAUGGACAUGUAUUUAAGGCAUGAGCAUGAAGACAGUAUUUUGAGAAAAUGAACUGGUUUCCCUAUCCAAAGAAGCUUUGUUUUUUGAUGCCUUUUGAAAGUACAUGGAGCCAUGCCAAUCUUCUGUUUCUAAAUGUUAGUCGGCUUAGACUAUUUUUUGCCCUUUUUUUUAUGAGAAGAAAAGUACCUUUUUGAGGAUAGGAGAAUGUGAUAACCUUUUGUUUUCUGUGGCAUUAUUUAUUGAUUUUACACAGCACAGCCAGUGGAUGGCGCUCUUUCCAAUGAAGUGCCAUACGUGUUUCAGUUGACAGUCCUUUAAACGGGAUGCUUGCUACCGUUAUUCACCUGAAACAUAGCUGUUAGCAUGCUGCUGCCUUCUCAGUCUUCCAGAGUUGUGUUGGCCCCUGCAAGAUGAGUAUUUCCUUAGUGAUGGCUGUUUUCAUGAUUUUACUUACCAGGCCCAUGCCAAACUCUUUGGGAAGAAAGAUACAUGUUACCAGCUCCACUGGGCACAAAGUGGUGGAAAUUGUUCAGUUGCUUUUAUUGAUGUCUUUGAGUUCAUUAGAAAUGAAUUCUGUUUGGAGUCAUUAUUCAGGUCACAGUCUAUAGAGUAAGCAAGACAUUGAGUGAUUGCCUUUUUCUUUGUUUUCACUAAGGAAUUGUGAAUGGGAGUAUUGAUGCUAUUGACACUUAAAUGUUUCCUGAAGAUGUAUAAACCUGUUGUAUUUUCUAAAAGAAAGACAUAGAACUCCACACUGCUACAUUUUAAAUAAACACUUAUUCAACUUAGCUGCGCAUAUAAUCACUGAGAAUGCCCGCAUAACCAUGGGUGGGAAAUAAAACGUGUCAGGGAUUUUUUAAAAAGCGAAAUACUGACCAACAGCAAAAAGAAGUACCUCUGAAACCAUUUCAGAAAAUGUGUUACUAAGUUUUUAUUUAAUCUACAGAAUGGUUUAUGGUUUACAGUCAAAUUUAUGAGGACUUUGGCCUCCUUACACAGCAUGUACAAAAUAAUGUGUGUUAACGGAAAAGACAGUUUGGAAAUCAUACAAUUGCAGCCAGUUUGGUAAGUGUAAAAAAGGAAAAUAGAAUCAAAAUGUAUCUCAGUAAUGAAAUAAAGGGACAGCAAAAUGAUUGGACAAAAGCAUGUUUCAAGCUGUAGAUGGGACUAAGAUCUCUACAAUACUGUAUUAUAGUCUAGUUCAUAUUGCCUGGCCGAAGUUCUGGAAUGUAAAAUAGUGGACAUGGUGUUGAGCUGCAGGAACUAAGAAUAUAUUUUAGAGAAAAUUUAAGGAAGACAUUGAUUUUUAAAAUGCCAACUAUAUGCACCAGAAUAUAAAUACAUUUUCAGUUCUUUAUGCAUUUCAUUAUUACUGUUUAAGAAAACUAUGAUAGUAAAAUUGGCUGGGUUUCUGUGGUAAAGUCCAGAUUAUAGAUAGGUAAACCUAUAAGCCAAAUAUUUCAGAGCAAGACAUCUUUUAGGAUGUACAAUUAUGACUGUGAAAUAUAUUGUCCAGAUCAGAGCUACGACUAACAUGACUUGUAUACAGUUGAGUCCACACUCACCGGGGCUACCAUAUUCUCCAGGUCUCACAGGUUUCCUGUCUUGACAAGAGAACAGUCUUCCCACUCUUCUUUGCUCUUUCGCAGUGGGAAAUGUGUGCAUUUUCCUUCUCUGAAGACUUUCCACCUUCCACAGGUCCCACUUUUGGUUUGACUGAAAAAUUGUUUAUGUAUCACCUAGGGUGCCUGCGGUAAGCAGUUCCCCUGUCAUGUGUUCUGGUGGAAGAGUGAAGUAAAAAGGAAGAAAUCCUAUCAAUAGCAAAUAAUUCUGAAAACUUUGAAAGGCCUAUUAAAGUGCUGCACUUCUAUAAUAUAGAACUUUUAUAUCAGUUUAGGGCCCUUUAUACUUUUUCUAAUCAUUUACUUAAUAGGACUUUCAAUCAUCGGCACCUUUUCCAUUGAAAAUUUAUUGUACAUAUCUCUUGUACUUCCUUAGGAAGGAAGAAUCUUUGGGUAAAUUUUGUAUUCACCCUCAAUGGUGACUUACAUUGUGGACAUGAUAACUUUUACGAGGGUCAGAACCGUCCUUUGCCUUACUAAAGCCUCACUUUCUCCAGUAGGCUUGUGGGUCCUCAUUAGACCAAUGAGCUCAUAAAUAAAACAAGGCUUUUUGGUUUUGUUUCUUAAGAUAAUAGCCUGGUAAUUUUAGAUGGCUUUGGUCCUUUUUCAUGGGCGGGGGCCGUUUCUCCGAGUGGUGUUUCAUAGGUGAUCUCAGAUAUUAACUGGGGCACUCACUCUGGGCGGGUACCCUUAGGGUCCAUGUCUCAUUAUUUCAGAACAGCAGCAUUUUUUCUUGGGAGGUUUUUCUUCUCGUAAAGGAUACAUGUGUGGAAAGUUAGAAUCUAAGGCAUUUCUUCUAUAUAAGCAAAGACUUCUACCUCCUGGACAGAAACUUGGGAUAAUUCUUGGAGUUUACUCAAUUGCACUACAGCACAUCCUAAUUGUAGGAGGUUAGUGUUUAUAAAGUCUCUAUCAUUCAUUGUAGAGAUUAUCUCCUAAAAUAUGAAGGGACUUCAAGAUGUUUUAUGGGGGGAAAAUCCAUUGUCUUUUAAUUCAAUUUUCCAUCAAGUUUUUGAGUCUGGCACCACCUUAGACCACUGGGCCAUCCUGACACAUACCAUCAGUUUUUGAAGCCCCCUUGCAUAAGUUACUGCCAUGAGACUCUUAAACUGGAUGUUUUGUCAGAACUAAUGGAGGGGGUUUCAUACAUCAGCAAUUUCAAAUGUUUUAAAAUUUUAGUAAGAUCUCACAAUACGUUCUAGUAGUGGCUGAUGUGAGAUAAGUGGCGAAUUGUUGAGAUGACCCAAUCCUCUCACCCAAAUUAUAGCACAGAGUGAAAAAAGAUCUGGUCCUAGACGAGAAUGCGGAUGUCGUUCGUGGCAGUGGCAGGUGUGUGUAGUUCGUGUUCAGAGAUUGCAGUACUUAAACUUCUUCCAGUAAUCAUCAACCAUUGUUCUUUAAGGACUUAUUGGAAGGUGCUGUUCAAAAGAGUUCAAGUAACAGGUAAGAGAUCCGUAGCAACAGUAGCGUGGGUAUGGAAAGACUUUCUUCCUUUAAUGGGCAGUGAUUUCUUCCUGCUAGCUGGGAUUAGUGCCGGGGGGCGAAAGAAUGCUAGGUUCCUUGCCAAGAACGAAAUCUUUCAGGGUCAACUUUUCUGUCUCAUCAUUGGAGAUGAAGUUACUUUGAUUUAUUCAUGAAAAGUCUUUGAUGAUGACUUUUAACUGUAGCAACUCUUGAAGAUAAUGGCUGGGCAAGUGAAUUUAAUUUUUACAUGUUUGGUUAAAUUGCAUUUUGAAAUUCACUUAUAUUAAAAUUGGAUUUGUAAUCACAAAUACUGGAUGUUUGUACAUGCCUGCUCAUGUUCUCAGAUACUUCCUAUGCAGAUGGUAAAGACCAAACCAAUCAAUGGCUGCACUGUAGGUCUGUUUCGCAUUUGUACUUGUUCUGCUUCUGUUGAUGUUGUAGGAAAUGAAAUUAUAGCAGCGUGCUUCAAUUCCAAUAUUUUUUGAUACUUAUUAAAAAAUGUUAUUAGUUUCACUAUAUUGGGCUUUUCAAAGCCAUAACUCUUAAAACAUUUUGUUUUUGCAUAUUGUUUGCUAAUACUUUAUUUUAAUAAACCUCAAAACCUGA